CGCCAGUACUGCAUAGUGUGCUUGUGUCUUUCUGUAUAUUCUCAGCUUGGACGCUGCCAAUAUCCCAUGUUGCGUUCGUGACACGGAAGCUCAAUGUCGACCCCCAGACCUCGCGGCCGACCCGCAAAGCGCAAAUCGUCAAAUGCAGAUGAUAUCAGAGAAGGCAAUGAAGAUGUGACAAUCCCAACUCAAAUGCCGGCGCCUGAUCGGGCUCCAGCAACUCCUCGCUUUACUACAUUAGCAACUCCCUCUGCCCUUCGCUCGGUCAAUCGACGAACCCCUCGCGGCGCUCCUCUGACCCCUUUCGGCCUUCGCGCAAUCCAGCGUCGCAGUGCCAAUACGCCUGGUCGUGAUCGAAGACGAAGCACACGCGGUCCUCAAAGAGAAACUGCCUUUGAUGUAUUGAGAAAUCUCGGUAGAGCACUGGCUCCUGUAUCAAAGCCAAUCCAGUCUUCUCCCCAAGAGCGAACAGAAAGCUCUGAAUCCGAAGUAGAAAAUGAAGAUGAAACGUUGGUUCUCGACAACGAGCCUCUACUGCCUCGGCCACGUUUAUCAUUGCCAAUUGAUGAAAGCGGAAUAAGCGAGGAUAGCAGUUUGGAUAUGGCGCCACCGCGUCCUUCCUUGCCAUUUGAUGACGAUGACGGCGACAUCACCUACACAUCUGUGGAAUACCCGCGGAGAGCUAUAAGUGAAAAGGACCGAGCGCGAAUGAGCUUCGGAAACGGGAGACUCAGCGAGAAUUUUGAAGAUCUUACGAGACUGGAUGCAUUUUCAGAACCAGGUGACUUGACAAUGCUUCAGCCAGGCAAUGAUGAAGAUGUUGAUGCAUCUCUGCAACAAGAAGCAUUUGAUGCAGGCGGUGAGACAGCGGAUUUAGGCCGCUUCAAUUUUGAUUUUAGAUUCCCCAGUCCUGUUCCAGAACCUGAGCCUCUGGAGAACGAAGGUGAUUUCGCGCUAGAGCUCGAUCAACCAGCUGUUGGAUUCGCAUCUUCAAGCGAUAAUGGCGACGCAGGCGACUUCGGAGACUUCCCAGUAGCCGAUCCGGAACAAGUGUCUGAAGCUGGAACUCCUGGAAUUGUUGGUGGUGGCCUUCGAGACGAACGUACGACGAGAGGCAAGAAGGAGAAGAAACUGUCACGGCAUGGAAUUCCCGUUCCUAAUUUACCUUCUGCGGUUGUCAAAAAACUUGCCAUGCGAUUUGCACGCAGUGGGAAUGCAAGAAAGGCCAAGAUGAACAAGGAAACACUCGCCGCUGUCGAGCAGGCUUCUGAAUGGUUCUUUGAACAAGCAAGUGAGGAUCUGGCUACCUACGCUAAACAUGCAAAUCGAAGGACAAUCGAUGAAAGCGAUGUUAUGACUCUUAUGCGACGACAACGUCAUGUUAACAACACUACAUCUAUAUUCUCCCUUGCUCAACGGCAUCUGCCGAAAGAACUUUUGCAAGAUAUGCGUUUAUCGUUACCGCGUUGAUAGCUAUUGCAAGAAUCAGCAUUUACCUCGUCUAAACCACCUCAACGUCAUCCAGAACCGAUGCCUCUCAAAGCCUAUGUGGGAAAUGGUCAUAACACAAGAAGCUUCAUUAGCAGCAUACAGCUGACCCCAGCUGCUAGUCUAUCUAACGAGGCGGUAUAUACAGUACAGUUCCAAAGGGCUAUCAUACAUUGGGCUCACAACAGCAAUAUACUACAUGGUCUUACUCUGACGGAAUCUACGAGCA